AUGUCCUUAGACACGGAAUUAUACAGCAGUGGCUUGUUUGAAGGAUUGGUUACCUAUGAGUGGCAUGCCACCGGGGAUACAAUCAUGAGAAACACCGUCAAAUUCAAAACAACACAUCCAGCUCUGCGUGCUGCUAUCAAGACACAGUCACGGGUGAUGCCUGAUUUUGCAUCUAAAAUCAGCUCGAAAGAAGUCAGCGUCCAGGAGAUCAACGACAUUGUGGGAGACGACGAUCAAGGAGAUAGUGUUGCUUCCCUGAUUAAUUUACUCCCGAGCCAAGAUGAUCACGAAGUCGACACGACGAAGCUUGAACGAAAGGAUCCCGAGGAGCUGAAGCUCAUGCCUUCUGGUCCAGUAACGAGGCAGAAUGCCUCGCUCGGUGUGUUCGACUGGGUUGAUCAAAUUGCCGACAGUGCGGAAACAGCUGUCGAUAAAGCUUCGCGAUCUAAUGCGACCGUACUCAAGCUUGAAAGUGGCGUCGCAACAAUGGUGAGGAUGUGCAAUAUCACACGAAGAAAUCUGUUGGCUGAGCUUUUCAUAGGCGAUGGCGCUUUCGCAAAGCUACCUAAACCAAAAGUUGUACGAGUUGUGGGCGUUGACAGAGAGCAUGCACCGAGCUGA